ACCGCCACCACCAGCCCGCAGAGCUCGCCCGCCGCCGCCGCCGGCCCGCGGGAGCAACCGGCCGCCGCCAAGAGCUCCGGGACGCCCCGCCGCCCACCAGAUAGAUGUGCGGUCCCGCCGCCCGCACGGCCGACGAUGAACGCGCAGCUGGCGAUGGAGAACAUCGGCGAUCUGCACGGGGUGAGCCAUGAGCCGGUGCCCGCCGCCGCCGACCUGAUGAGCGGCAGCCCCCACCACCGGAGCGCGGUGGCCCACCGCGGCAGCCACCUGCCGGCCCACCCGCGCUCCAUGGGCAUGGCGUCCAUCCUCGACGGCGGCGACUACCACCACCACCACCGGCCGCCCGAGCACGCGUUGACGGGCCCCCUGCACCCCACCAUGACCAUGGCCUGCGAGACACCCCCCGGCAUGAGCAUGAGCAGCACCUACACCACGUUAACCCCUCUGCAGCCUCUACCUCCCAUCUCGACGGUCUCGGACAAGUUCCCUCACCACCACCACCACCAUCACCACCACCACCAUCCCCACCAGCGGAUACCGGGCAAUGUGAGCGGCAGCUUCACGCUCAUGCGGGACGAGAGGGGUCUGGCGUCUAUGAACAAUCUCUACACCCCGUACCACAAGGAUGUUACCGGCAUGGGGCAGAGCCUCUCUCCGUUGUCUGGAUCGGGCCUGGGGAGCAUCCACAACUCCCAGCAAGGGCUGCCCCACUAUGCUCACCCCAGUGCCACCAUGCCCACCGAGAAAAUGCUCACCCCAAACGGAUUUGAAGCCCACCACCCUGCCAUGUUAGCCAGGCAUGGCGACCAACAUCUCACCCCCACCUCCGCUGGCAUGGUGCCUAUCAACGGGAUCCCACACCACCCCCAUGCCCACUUGAAUGCCCAGAGCCACGGGCAGAUCCUGGGCUCUGCCAGGGAGCAAAACCCUUCUGUAACUGGUUCGCAGGUCAACAGUGGAAGUAAUUCAGGGCAAAUGGAAGAAAUCAAUACCAAAGAAGUAGCUCAGAGGAUCACCACCGAGCUCAAGCGGUACAGCAUCCCUCAGGCUAUCUUCGCCCAGAGGGUGCUAUGCCGCUCUCAAGGGACGCUCUCAGACCUGCUGAGGAACCCCAAGCCCUGGAGCAAGCUCAAAUCCGGCCGGGAGACCUUCCGCAGAAUGUGGAAGUGGCUCCAGGAGCCGGAGUUUCAGCGGAUGUCUGCUCUGCGGCUUGCAGCAUGCAAGAGGAAAGAACAAGAACACGGGAAGGAUAGAGGGAAUACACCCAAAAAGCCUCGGUUGGUCUUCACUGAUGUCCAGCGUCGAACUCUACAUGCAAUAUUCAAGGAAAAUAAGCGUCCGUCCAAAGAAUUACAAAUCACCAUUUCCCAGCAGCUCGGGUUGGAGCUGAGCACCGUCAGCAACUUUUUCAUGAAUGCACGGAGGAGGAGUCUGGAUAAGUGGCAAGACGAGGGCAGCUCCAAUUCAGGCAACUCAUCUUCUUCAUCAAGCACUUGUACCAAAGCAUGAAGGAAUAACCACGAACUAAAACCUCGGUGGAAAAGCUUUAAAAAUAAAUAAAUAAUUAAAUAAAGACAGACCAGGACCUCAAAAUAGCAGGUUUAUACUUAGAACUAUUUGAAAAAAAUAUUUAUAAGUCCAAAGAAACCAAAGACUUAUUUCACCUGCAUUAUGACUUUGUUCUAAGACACACACUUUAGUAGGAUGACGACUUGCAAAAAACAGAGAGGAAGAAGAAAGCGAGGUGGAGGGAAUGAAACGGAAAGCAAAGAGAAGAGGAGCAGACCACUGGUCUUACACCUUUGCCCAUCAUCAUCUUCACCGUACUUGGCUGUUUAGUGGUUUGGAGCAUAGUGAUUUCCUGUCAUUGAACAGACACCCCUUUGGAUACAGCUCUUCAUGUCCACAGCAAUUGCCAUGAAGGUGUUCCGUGUAUCUGUACUGCGUACACGCCAGUGGGUAGGGACUUAGUCAGGGCUGGUCUCCAGAGAGGGCUGUGCCAUGGCACAGCUGACAAAGCGUGGAGUCGUCUGAAUUCCUUGGAACGGUAGUGUGAUUUUUGCUGUUUCACAGUUUGAGCUUAACUGGUGCAAUGCCCGGAAACAAGUUCAAACUAGGCAAAGAAAUUUUGAAUGGUACCUAAACCAGUGCAUUCUCUUUGUUUGUUAAGGAAUGUUCAGAUUUAAAAAAAGGAAAACUAUUCCAUCCAUAAAAAAAUCGACUAGCUACCAAAGAACACAUUUAAUAAUUAUAUUGCAGGUAUUUUAUUGCAAUGAUUUUAAUAUUCCAAAGCUAUUUUUACACAAAUACUAUGUAGAGUUAUAGGUAUAAACUAAUCUAACUGUAUAACACAUAAAACUUGUAAUCAAGACUGUUAUUUGCAAUUAGUAAAACCACAUUAUCGUUUCUUUCCAUGAUUGGCAAGAAAGAAUGUCACCCGAGGAGAUCACAGCCCCUGGCAGAGCACGGGAACCGAGAAUGGGAUGCUGCUUCCAUUGAACUCAGUGAGCCCUUUCCUCACUGGCUUCAACGGGAGCACACGAAGGAGCCACGUGUUAGGAUGUGUGACAUGUGUGACAUGUGUGACAUGUGUGACAUGUGUGACAUGUGUGGCACUGUCCCCAGGCGCUGUCCCCGGCCGGAGCCCGGAGCAGCCUGGGCGCAGAGUGGCUCAGCUCUGCCAUCUAGCCUGCGAACAGGAGACCUGAGGCACUCAGGGUGCAAAAAUGAAGCGAACUGAGGGAUGCAAAACCACAGGGCUCAGCGUCUGAUCAAUACUCAUUGACAUUAGUGAGCUUUUUUUUACCUAUCGACUUUUCCAGGCAAAGGAAUAGUAAUAGCUUUGAAGGCUCGUGGUCUUUUCCUAUUGAAAGCAGUGGUACAACAUCAGUUAACGUUGGUGGGAGGAGCUCCAAGAGGAGCUCCAGCAGUGCUUUUGGAAGGAGGAAUUGUGAACCCUCUGAAGUCAAGAGCAAAAUUCCCCUGACACCGAGUUACAGCCUGAUGUUUUGUGGCUUUGUAUCUAUGUGUAGCAGGCUGAGCUUUUGUCCCACGCAUUCUUUCUUGCUCAUCUAUUAGUCAGGAUAAUGCAUGAAAUAGUUUAAAGUUUGUAGCUGAAAAGCUUUAAAUGCUCUGUUGCUAACAGACCCAUAGGAGAGAAAUCAUCCCGUUCCUACUCUGAUAAAAUUAAAGAGAAAAGUGUGCAACAUCUGCAUAUUAAAUUUUAGUGUAAGGGGAAAAUAGACUUUAAAAACCAUACAUGUGCCUGUUAGAUUUCUAACUGGUAUUUCAAAUUACUGUAGUAAUCAUGCUAGGUAUAUUAAAUUCCAAAAUAACCAAAUAUGCAGGUAUAGGCCCAAUGUGAGGACUAGAAAUAGGUAAUCUUACUUACAACCUUUUUGGUUUUAAGAGGGAAAAAAAAGAAAAGAAAAAGGAAAAUUCAAGGUAAACUAGAAUCCAAACACUAUAAACAGUAGCAGAUACUGGUUUGGGGGAUGAAGCCCACUCAAAAUACCAGUGACAUCAAAGUAGAGCAACUUUUGUAGCACCAGUUAUUUCCCAAGAGGACAGGGUCUAGUCAAGGUUCAGGGUAUACAGUUUAUUUCCACUCAGUGUUUAGAAUACAGAUGACAUAUCUCUUUAUUAAAAUAAAGUGAAAUAAACCCAAUAUUUUUGGCACUGAAUAUUUCUCCGUAUUUCAGUAUGUUAAGCCCACUUUAAGGCUGACAAAGCAAUUGUCUAUGAAAAUGGAAUCUAAUCUGGAAGUUUUUUGAGUCUCUAACUUACCUUAAAUUUUAGCAAGCUUUCUUUUGAAGUGUUCCAUCCCCACAGAGACAUAAUUGACAUGGGAACAUUAAUAAGAUCACAUAUAAAGUACCUUAUGAACGCCGUCUCAUUAGUGUAAGGUUAAUAAAGGACAGUGAUAACUAACGGUUUAGUUUUUUCCAGCAAAACACUACUUUGUAACAUACCUAUAGUUUAGAGAAUAAAGCCUUAUUUAUUUAAAACUUGAGAAUUUAAAAAUGCAGGGAAAUUCAAAGUACAUUGCCACAUUUUUAGUAUUUCCAUUGUAUUGUCUUUAUAGACUACUUGCUGAAACCAAAGAGAACUUUCAUACCAGCAUUAAAUUUGCACCCAAUAUGCAAUUUCAGGAUCUGUGAUACUCACACAUGCAAGCCCCUAAAUAGGACAGUGUAUAUGUACAUGCACACACAUGUCCACACACACUCAAACUGAUGCACAAGUUAUAGAUUUUAAGUGUUUUGGGUUUUUUACAUGUCUGUUUAAGUAUAUAUAAACCUUUUGGUUUUCUCUAAGCCAUUAGGAACAAACCACUCUUCCCAUAAGCAAUACACGCCUCAUACUCUGAACAGGCAGACAACACAAUUUUCUUUAAUUGCUUACAAAACAUGAAGCAAAUAACUCUGGAACUGCUCAGUCUACCUGGAAAGCUGUGGUACCUCUGAGCAGACUGCCCGGCCACACCGACUGAAGCAUGGACAGGUUACCUGGUGCUCCCUUGCUCUGACUGGUGCCAUUGCUCAACAGGGCACCCUCGAAGGGGAGUUUCUUCUAAUGCUGCAUUUAACAUUACCCAGGAAACCUGUCUCCGUCUGUUAGUGUUAGUCUUUCAGUUAAUUUCAUUCCUGACAAAAUGGAAAUUAGUUUCAAAUUCAACAAGAGGAUCUAAAACUCUGCCAGGAAGGAUUAGGAGAGGGAGAAGAACCUGAGACAGUUUGGGAGCAUCAGGAGAUGGGGCUUCAGUCAAAGAUGACUCCAUGGGCAAGAGGGCAUUAGGAACAUGCAUUCAGCUAACAGGCUGCAUCCAAACCUGACCGCAGUGACCCACAGGGGGAGGCUGGCCAAGAGGUGAACUGUCCGCAUCCAUCCCCAUUGUAAAUGGCAUCAUUAGAUUUCUAGGAAAAAAAGAACAAAACAAACAACAAAAAAAAAAAAAAAUAAAAAAAAAUCCCCCUUCAGACCACCCCACAGCGCUCCGUUAGCCCUGCGUGGCUUUCCAGGGCCGCAGCCUCCUCUCCUUACUCAGGUAAAGCAAACCCCACCAGAGCGAGCCAGCCAGCAACGGGGCUUUCGCUUGAGAAGUUGCUCCUGGCACCCCACGCCAGGAACAAAUUCCCAAGCAGCCGAGUGGCCGGGGUGGCCUGGCGUGAGAGCAGCCCCAGGGCUGCCCAUGGGCACCGCUCUUCUCCUGGGGUUUCAGGAUAAGGCCGUGGUGGUGGUGGGCACUGGCCCGGGGGCUGCUGCUGCCCGGACGGCUCGGAAACACUACUGAGCUUAUACCAAAGAGUCUUAGGACACCUCUCCUCACCUGAGUUGUAAACAAGACAUUUUUACCCCAAAAAAACGUUCCUUCUUUCUACUACUCUUCCUCCUAUCCUCCUUCUCUUCCUCCUCCUUUGUACAUAGGGAUGAAAACUAUGCAUUUAGCAAACAAAGAGAAAGCACUUACCCUUUUCUAUCUCACUGCGUUUGGGUGCAUUCAAAGGCCCAGGGGCUAAUUUUGAGACUUUGCUUAGCCUCCUGGUUUAUUACUGUGGUGUGGUUAGCUUUACAAUACAUUUGGUAACUAUUUGCUAAAGACAAAGAAGCAAAAGGUAAGGAAUAGCUACUUCCACGUGUUAAAAAAAAAAAAAAGAAAAAAAAAGAAAAAAAAAGUGUGUAAAGAUCUACUAUUUAUAGUGUGAACCAAAGACGCUACCUCACUCGAUUUCCAUUGGUGAUUUUAAUCACAUUGAUGAUACCAAAGAAUACCAAAGAUUUUUCAUGCACGGCCUUGGUCUGGAAAGGGAACUCAUCCUCCUUCUUACUCCCAUCCCCCCGACCCCCUUCCUCACCUUCACUCAGUGUGUAACCUUGUCUUCAUUCUUAGUGAUAAUGCUGAUAACCUUACGAUAACUUCUCUUGCUACAACUGCUACUACUGAUGAUAAGGAUAAUAAUAAUAAUAAUAAUAAAUAAUAAAGCUCUAGGCAAACAUGUUGCAAACUUUGUAAACUCAUAGGACGAGUGCCUUGCUUGAACCAAAGUGUUAAACCGCUGUUGACCUCUUUAUCUCUCACCUUAUACUCUUUGAAUACCUCAGCCUGUUAGAAAGGCCACUAAUGAAAAAAAGGAAUAAUUCUUCACCGUGGUGCUUUUUGCCGUGCAACCAUGCAAUGAAACUUUCUUUGAUACCAAAGGAAAAUGUUUUUUUUCCACUUUCUUGCUGACAAACCAAAGGUUCCCUCUUCUUUCCCUCAAAGCAACUUGAGUCCCUCAGCCCAGACAGGCCGUGCAUCGCUUUUACCAAUUCCUCCAAAUACCUCAUAGUAAUAAAUCUUUAGGGUUAUGUUGUAUAGAGAGUCUAUGUGAUAAGGCAGAACUUACUAGUUUGAUAAUUGUUAAGGUUACUUAAAAAAAGCUUUAUAAUUCUUAUUUAUUUUGUAGGGGUUGUUUUGUUUGUAUAUUCCUUUUAUAUUGUUUGGUUUGGGUUUGGGUUUCUUCUUUUUUCCUCUUUUUUUUGGCAGAACUUCUCUGUUAUACUCAAGGAAGAUCAUAUUCCUGGGAAUGUUUCGAAGUGGGUAAAGAUCGCUGUUUGCAAUGAGUGCAAGAAAGGGAAACAUGGCUUCAAUUACUUUUCUUCCAGCUAGGAUGCUUUGUGUUUGCUAGUCGAUGUUCUUUUCACAGGGUAAAAAAAAAUAUUCUCUGCUGUGAUAAAUGGUUCCUAUUUUUUCUCUAUAAUGUGCUGUGACUUUUAAUUUAAUUCCAUUUUGUAUACGCUUAUUUAAUCACUGCUUUAAUUUAUGACUAUGUAGUUUUGAAAAAAAAUUGUAUAUAGUAGAUUCAAAAAUGGCCAAAGCUUUAUGUUACAAUCUUUUCAUUCUUGAUGCUGAGAUGAACUGAAGGAGAGUGCUUCUCUUGACUGCAGGGUGUAUCUUCAGCCUUGUCUUGGCAUGCACUUCCACCUGUGUUACAAACACUGCCAGGUUACCCCCCCAGGCCUCCCUUCCCCCCAACUUGUACAUGCCAAAAUAAGUGUUUCAAGGUAGUACUUUUGUCACUUAGAAAGCAGAAAGGCAUUAUUAGUGUGUUUUUUCUUUAAUUUAUUUGUCUUUUUCUAGAAAGAUUGCUUUGUGGGUGAGACCCGCACAUCCAAAGAAUUUAAAAGUCGUUUAAUGUUUAAAAGCACUGGCAUUUGUGAGAGAUUUUGCUGAGUUUUUCUUUUCCUUCGCCAUUCGCACGGGUAGCGCAAGCAAGCAGCAGGCGCAGGCCUUGGGAGAAAAGCUGACUUGAAUCUGGAAACCUUGCUCACGGAAAGGCCUCUGCGGCGGGCCAGGGGGCUCGGAGCGGCUCGGGGUGGGGGCCACCACAGGUCACCUGCUCCCCAGCCAGGGCCCGCAGGCAGGGAUGGGAUGGGGUCCCUGGGGCACAGCCGGGUCCCCCGGGAAGCUGCAGCUUCUCCCAGGCUCAGGCAGCAGCAGCACCGCAGAGCCCCGGCUGCGGGUGGGUGCGGAGGGACCUGUGCUGGGUCCCUGCGAGGGGCACCGAGCCUGCCUGGGCUCCCCGCGGCUCCAGGGGGGAACAGGGCAGUUUGGAGUUGAAAAGCCAAAAAAAAAAAAGGAAAGAGUAAGGACAAUGAUACUUCCGCAAAGCUGAUGAUGGCAUCAUGGCACAGAGAAUAGGAUGCCACUCACUCGUGUUUUAUUUUGCAUAAAGACUAGAUUCUGGUUCAGCUAAAUGUUGUGUACUGACACGGUUUGUGAUGGCUGUAAAUAUUUCCUUUCCAGUGCAGUAGCUGAGCCCCAGGUGUACCUUGUUUUCCUUUGAGGGGAUAGUGAAGGGGUUGAGGGAGGGAAGGACAAGGGCAGGGCCUGAGCUUUUGGUCAGAAGUUACACUUCCUAGGUACAUUUUUAUACUUCAAGUAUUGAAAUGGGGCAAUAAAGACACUCUGAAUGAAGGAUCAUUAAAUGAUCUGUUGGUGGGCAUUGGCUCAGUGUCUGCUUUUAAUCCAGGAGCUAAUGCUGUGCAAUGAGUUCUGCUUCACGUGAAGGGGGAGGCAAUGUCAGCCUGUGAAUCAGCAUGAGCCAUCGAGCACUGGACAAACUGUGCUCAGGGACCCGCGGUUUCCUGUCCUGUUCCGGUAGUUUGGUUUUUCACGGAAUGUUCUGCAUUUACUGCACUUGCUGCAUCCUCACCGUGGGGCCGCGCUGGUCGCGUAGCGCGGCCCGAGCAGCGGAGAAUGCGCGGUUCUGCCAUCCCGGUGCCCGGGCAGCGGAGAAUGCGCGGUACAGCCAUUCCGGUGCCCGGGCAGCGGGGAAUGCGCGGUUCUGCCAUCCCGGUGCCCGGGCAGCGGGGAAUGCGCGGUACAGAAUGCGCGGUUCUGCCAUCCCGGUGCCCGGGCAGCGGGGAAUGCGCGGUUCUGCCAUUCCGGUACCCGGGCAGCGGGGAAUGCGCGGUACAGAAUGCGCGGUUCUGCCAUCCCGGUACCCGGGCAGCGGGGAAUGCGCGGUACAGAAUGCGCGGUUCUGCCAUCCCGGUGCCUGGGCAGCUGUGAGCGCACCCCGCCCGCAGUGCGGGACCCCCGCACCCCGCCCUGCCCCGGCCCCGCCGCAGAGACGGCGCCGGAGACAAUCACAGGUCCCAGCUCCGCAGGGGUAGGAAACCUUCCCAGAGCAAGCGGGAGUUCUUCCAGAGCAACGGAACAAAACCAAAAAAAAAAAAAAAAAAAAAAAAAAAAAAAAAAAAAAAAAAAGAAAGAAAAAAGAAAAAUAACGAAAACGAAGCGAAGAUUUUGCUAAAGCCCUUUGCUGCCAUCUUUAGUUCGCCCAUUAGGAAGCAGCAGUAGUUUAUGCGUUGCAUCUGCAUUUCAGACUAAGUGAUUAUUGUACCUAAUUAUGGUUGAUUGCUGAUAUUUCCUCACUCUCUCUCUUAGUCAAGCGCUUCUUCUGUAUUUUUGUGUGUAGCGAUGACAAGUGCAGUGCGCUAGGCAUUGCCCUGGGUUGGGUAUGAGUAUCUCCUGUACUGCGUUAAGAUUUCCUUAAGUUACUUUUUUUAAGCUUUGCUACUGUUCUCACUUUAUGCCGUGCAAUAUCAUCUGCUGUGUUUGCUAAGCAAAAAAAAGAAAAAAGAAAAAAAAAAGAGAAAAAGUAAAAAAAAAAAGAAAAAAGCAAGUGAUGAUGUCAUCAUGCUUUUCAGUGUUACAAUGUUUCAGCGUUACAAUGUUUCAGCGUUUAUGUAGUCACAAAAAUGUAGUAAAUAAAAGGUUGGAUUUUCCAGCACUUUAAAUUUA